GCCGGGUCAGCUGAGGGGCGGUGCGCAGGCGCGGUGGACGGGUGCCCGGCUCGGGUGAGAAGCGACCGGGGAGAUGGCGGAGGUUGAAGAAACACUCAAGAGAAUCCAGAACCAGAAGGGUGUUCUAGGAAUUAUUAUUGUCAAUGUAGAAGGUAUCCCAAUCCGGUCGACCAUGGACAACGCAACCACGGCUCAGUACGCAGGGCUUAUCCACCAGCUGUCCAUGAAAGCCAGGAGCACCAUCCGGGACAUCGAUGCCCAGAAUGACCUCACCUUCCUCAGGAUCCGGAGCAAGAAACACGAGAUUAUGGUUGCACCCGACAAGGAGUAUUUAUUAAUUGUCAUCCAGAAUCCCAGUGAGUGACCUCCCCAUCAUCGCCUCCUGUACAGUGUUGCACCGAUGGAAAUCACACGUUUACCUGGCAGUGUUGAACAGCUCCUGUGCCUCUUUGAGAUCUCUCUCGAGCAUCCGUACCUUUCCCAAGCGGCUGAAUGAAUCCAGUCUUUGGUGACCAGCAGGCCGCUGCUAAUAACUUUGACUUAUUUACAUUUGGUAUCCAUUAACCAAUCGAGUCUUCGGUAAAAGCUGUCUCAUUGCCAUGUUACCAUUGGUAGAUACUGUAAAUAACUAGUUAAACUGCAUGCUCUUCAGAGAAACAGGAAGCAAUCUCUGGCUUAAACUGCAGUACUUAAUGAGUAACAGUCUUAAUAAAGUAAUAGCAGUUUGCACCAUUUUCAUGUUUGUGUGGGGCUGAGUUAGGAUUGUAACUAAUGUAUUGGGAAGGAAGGUUGGAGAAGCACGAUUCAUCUUGUAAAUUGGACGGGGAUAUUUUUGGAUAGGAAAGAGUUGGUAAUUAAGAUGAGUAAUCUUUGGGGUCCUAGAGAUUUAAUCUUUAACUGUUUGGAUCUUCAUUCUUUCUGAACUAUCAUUAAGAAAUGGUCAGUACAUAUUAGUUAUUUAGACCAUCUGUAACACGCUGGUUGGGUGGGUGAAAGAGAAACCGAUGUAAAAGACCAUUGUGCUUUUUUUUUAAAAAAAUAAAGACCUUGCUCCCUUAGA